AUGAUACAUAGCAUGAAGCUUCCCAGCGCUCAAGAGAUUGAUUUCGACAUUGAUCGAUAUCUCAAUCGGUAUCUUCCCCGAUCACAGCUUCAUCGCCUACCACGGCCCAUCUCGCGGUUCCUAGGGUACCGGCAUGUCCCUCAACCGGAAGUAGGCAAUCUGCUGGUCUGCGCGUGGGCAUUUGUGGGCGCGUUUACCGGAUUGAUUCUGGUGAUGGGUGUAUUCAAGACCAGCGAGACCAUUCAAUCGCAUCAUCCUCCGAUCAUCGUUGCCAGUCUAGGCGCAACGGCCAUCCUGGACUAUCAGACAAUACAAUCACCGCUGGCACAGCCUCGCAGUUCCAUCCUGGGGCAGGUGCUCGGAGCCGUUGUGGGAGUUGGGAUCACGAAGCUGUUCAUGCUACGAUCAGACUUUGAGAGCCUACGAUGGAUCGCCGGGGCAGUCUGCACCGCUCUGGCGUCGGCCGUGAUGGGCCUUACAAACACCGUCCAUCCUCCAGGGGGCGCCACGGCGCUGCUGGCGGCGGUGGAUCCCACUAUCAGCGCGAUGGGUUGGUUCUUCGUCCCGCUGGUUCUCAUCGGGUCAUUGUUGUUGCUGGGAUGCGCGGUGGUGGUCAACAAUAUCCAGCGUCAGUUUCCCAUGUUCUGGUGGACACCCCGGGACGUAGGUAAACAGAGGAAAGGCCCCGAUAUCGAGAAGUCCUCAGAGGUUCCCGAGGAGCCUCAAGUACGACGGAGGAGUCGCGCCGUGGAGCUCCUGCGGGAGAAUGCAAUCAUCAUCACGCCGCAAAACGUGGUGAUCCCGGAAGGGUUUAUGCUGGGGCUCGAGGAGAAGGGAAUUCUCGAGGUGUUGAGGGAUCGCUUGAGAAAUCCAGUCGAGUACGAUAGCAGUGUAGAAGACCACAGCAGUAGUGAUAGUUAG